CUUUAUCGACAUUCCUUUCACAGAAGUGACGCCCGUGAACUAACAGUCCAAUACAGCGUUACAGAAAUAAAAACAGUUUAUUCCCUAUAGUCCCUCCCAGCUUAGUUUACAAAAGUCUUUUGAAUGCUCAUAUAUUUUUGCAUUUGACUUCUAUGCAUCUUUUUUAGGAUUUGGUCUGGAUUGUUAAGAAUCACAGGGCGUUUCUACUCUUCCCCUGAUCACCUGUCUUUUCCUCUCUUUCCGUUAGGGGGCAGUGCAGACAGCUUUUAGUUCAGCCUGCACUGCCAGCACACUGCUCAUUCACAGGGAAAGGAUGGAGUUGGCGCAUCCUCAACUUUCAUCUACCGCAAGCGCCGCACCGGACUUUAUGACAAACGACGACAUAUUAGAUCUCGUAUUCGUUUUUGUAUAUCCUACUUCCUUUCAUACGUGAUAUGGAUAUUAGUGCGGGUUUCUGGCACCCGGUCGCUUGUUGAUCGGCGACACUGCUCCGGUUAGAGGACCAUCGGGACAUUCGGAGGAGAGGAGAGUGUCCAUAUGACUGCGGGCUUAGAGACAGAUCUCAGAUGCGCCAAUACGGGAUAGUUUGGAAAUAUUCCUACAUAUCUGUACUUACUGAAUGCUGAAGGUCAUAUGAGCAACAGGGAUGGCUUUGCACUGCGCAUCUGAGACAAUCUACAGUUAAUUGAUAUUUCAUGCUGCCUUUCCGCUGACAUUACCAUAGGUUCCUUUAAGUUUUCCGACAGAUCCAGGAGAAGGAUCCUAUGCGCACUGCGAAGAUUUUAAAAGCACACAGUCUGCGCCUCUGUUUCGGAUUAAACAACACUGAGACCUACCUAAAUGGGAUAUUUUCCCUUCGUUGAACCGCUCUUUGAAUUGAUGGGGAAACGUGCCGUUCUCCCGGAGUGAUGGGGAACCUCGGACUUUACUGACAUCGGGAACGGUUAUUGUUUGGGGCUUUUUUUUCCCUGGGACAUUGUCACAAGGGAAAAUGAAAGGAUCUAUCCCUCUUCAGGUUCUCCUCUAUGCUACAUUAAUUCGGAGUUUAAAGGUCUUAUCCAAGAGAGGUUCAGUGGAUGGCUGUACAGACUGGUCAGUGGACUACUUGAAAUACAAAGUUCUUCUUGGUGAGCCAGUGAGGAUUAAGUGUGCAUUGUUUUAUGGAUAUAUACGAGCAAACUAUACCCACGCUCAGAGUGCUGGCCUCAGCCUGAUGUGGUACAAAAGUGUGGGCCAUGGGGACUUUGAGGAACCCAUCACCUUCGACGGACUCAGGAUGAGUAAGGAGGAGGAUUCCAUUUGGUUUAGACCAACUGAAUUACAGGAUGUUGGUCACUACUCAUGUGUGCUACGAAAUUCCACAUACUGCAUGAAAGUGUCCAUGUCGCUAACUGUGUCAGAAAAUGACACAGACCUGUGCUAUAACUCUAAAAUGAAGUAUUUGGAGAAGGCUGAAUUGAGUAAGGGGAAGGACAUCCUCUGUCCUGACAUAGAUGACUACAUCCAGCCUGGCAAAGACCCAGAGCUUGUGUGGUAUAAGGAGUGUAAACCCAAACAGUGGCGACAAAGCAUUGUAAAGAGGAAAGAUAUGCUCUCGAUUAAGGACGUGAGAGAAGACGACAUUGGAAAUUACACCUGUGAACUAACAUUUGGAAACUUUCUGGUUCGAAGAACCACCGAAUUAUCAGUCACAGCUCCGUUGACCAGCAAACCUCCAAAGAUCCUCUUUCCUGCUGAAAACAAAAUGAGUAUCAUGGAGAUGCAGUUAGGGAGUCUGGUGAACCUGACAUGUCGAGCAUUCUUUGGCUACAGUGGGGAUGUGAGCCCGCUCAUCUACUGGAUGAAGGGCGAGAAGUUCAUUGAGGACCUGGACGAGAGCCGGAUUCGAGAGAGCGAAAUCAAGACUCUACGGGAGCACCUGGGAGAACAGGAAGUGUCCAUCUCUCUGACCAUAGAUGCCUUAGAAGAAACGGACCUGGGUAACUACACGUGUUUUGUGGAGAACGGGAACGGCAGACGACAAGCAAACGUCCUGCUCACCAAGCGCGCAGAGCUCAUGUACACAGUGGAGCUGGCCGGUGGACUGGGUGCCAUUUUCCUCUUGCUCGUCUUCCUGGUCACCCUGUACAAAUGCUACAGAAUUGAGCUCAUGCUCUUUUAUAGGAACCACUUUGGCAGCGAGGACUUGGAUGGCGAAAACAAGGACUAUGACGCAUAUCUGUCCUACACUAAAGUGGAGCCAGAACAGUGGAGCCAAGAGACCAGAGAGGAGGAACGCUUUGCCCUGGAGAUCCUUCCUGAUGUUCUCGAGAAGCAUUAUGGGUAUAAACUCUUCAUUCCAGACAGGGAUUUGAUUCCUACUGGAAGUUUCACCACUGAUCAUUUCCAGGAUGACACAAGACUCCUUAGAGCCUACAUCGAAGACGUUGCACGCUGUGUGGACCAGAGCAGACGGCUCAUCAUCGUGAUGACACCGAGCUACGUGGUGCGGCGUGGCUGG